AUGCCAACACAAGAGGCUACUGAGGACAUUCAUACGCCCAAUCCACUUCCAGCACGUGGAAUAUACGGUUUUUCCUUAUACAUAUCAUCUUUUUGCGCCUUAAUUCUAUACACACUGUGGGCUGUCGUUCCAUCGCCAUUAUUAAAUAAAGCAGGUGUAUCUUACGUGCCCGCCAAGUAUUGGGUGAUUUUGGUUCCACUGAUAAUCGUCGUCUCUAUAUCAUCCUUCGUUCUGAUCAUAUUCACAUUAAACGUCUACCGAUUCAGAGGGUACAAAAUAUUCGAAGAAGUCCAGACUAUUGCGAACGAUUUUGGUGAAAAUAUAAUUAGUACUCCAGACAAGGAUCUGCUUGAAUAA